CGAGGUGGUUAUCAUUAUUUUAAAGUAAAAGCGUCAUUUGCGUUUGGUUAGUGAUAAGCAUUUAUCCGUCUCGUGCAGUGCAUUAUCUUGGUUAUCUAAAAACAAACGAAAUCCCCAAUAUGACUACCAUCGGCGUACGAGAUUUAUCCCGGUUGAACGUGGGAUUUAUUGGCGGUGGAAACAUGGCCUACGCCAUUGCUGCUGGUUUACUCUCAAAAGGAGUCGUCCAACCUAACCAGUUAAUUGUCUCCGCCACGUCGCUAGAGAAUCUCCGAAAACGUUGGAAUCCUUUGGGUGUGGAUAGAUUUACCACGGACAAUGUGGCAAUUUUGCAGCAAGCGGAUAUAAUAUUUCUAUGUGUAAAGCCUCAUAUUCUUCCGGUGUGUCGUCGCUCAAUAGAGUCUAGUGGGACUAAGCUUCCAGACUGUCAGCAAAAAGUGAUGGUCUCUAUUUUAGCGGGAGUGACCCUGGAGAGGCUGAAUAACGAGUUUUCCUGCUUGAAUAUUUCCAUCGUCCGCUCGAUGCCUAACACACCGAUGCAGGUCGGCCAAGGAUGCACAAUUUAUUGCGCCAAGUUCGACACGAAUUGCGAUAAGAUUGUUCGUGAACGCUAUGAGGAUAUUCAAUUUAUGCUCGAUCAAUUGGGUCUUGCAUUCGAAGUAAAGGAAGAGCAGAUGAACGGCAUAACCGGUUUAACCGGAUGCGGUCCAGCCUACGUGUACGAGAUAAUCGAAGGCUUGGCCGACGGUGGCGUCAAACAAGGUAUACCAAGAGAGAUGGCCAUGAAAAUGGCUGCCCAAACCGUGAUGGGUGCUGCUAAAACGGUACUAGAAACUGGUAAGCAUCCAGCAGUUCUGAAGGAUGAAGUAUGCUCUCCAGGUGGUGCUACUAUUUAUGGAGUACACGAAUUGGAAAAAGGCGCGAUGAGGGCCACGCUGAUGAAUGCUGUUGAAAAAGCUGCUGCCAGAGCAAAGGAGCUGCAAUGAUCAUGUAUGUGAUAGUAAUCUUACAAUGUGUUGUCAAAGUGUAUGUUUUGCUGUUAUAAUCUGUCUGAGUUAAACUCGGGAAAGAAAAUAUGGUUUAAAAACCUUUAUCAUACAAUUUGGAAAUUCAAAUA